AGGGCUGACUCUGUUACGUCUGCUGAGGGAGAGUCGGACUUACCUUUCAGUGUUCAUUUUUUUUUUUGCUUGUGUAGACAUUUGGGAUAUUAGAGUUGGCAAGUGAGACUUAACCAAUAGUUUUAAUCCAACAGAAUUUGAUGCACCGGUUUGCAUUUUCUUAUUGGAUUUGAUUCGUUUGUUCAUUGGAUUACUUGUUUUGUUUCAUUCGAGAAUUAGACGACUGUAAUUCGGGGUCAAGGAUGCACUUAUCGUCUGUGCGGAUUGAUUCAGAGUUGAGUAAGGCGGAGUGGUCUCACUUGCUUGUGAUUCAUUUCCACGGAGUGACUCAACAUGUAAAUCUUAUCAUGCCAUAAUGAGCGAGCACGCUUGGGAGACUGAGCCCAUGCUGAGGGUGGCCCCUGCCAUGAAGGGCAGCCCUGUGGCGAAGCACGGGGGGCUGCACCGCCUGAUGAGCUGGAACCGUUUCGGGAGCCCGGAAAUGGAGACGCUUUACCAGCGGUAUGUGUUCAAACUCCAGCAGUCGUCUGCGGUGUGUGCCGUCCUGCUGGUGUCCAUGCUGUGCCUGGCUCUGGCCGGACUGACCAGCCUGUUUGUGGAGAACUACACCCCGUACAGCCUGUACCUCUACGCCCAGGGGCUCAUCUUCCUCUUCUUCUUCAUCUACAUGAAAACCCGGCUGAAGGAGGAGCACUUCAUGACCGUAAACUACAUCCUCCUCAUCUUCAUGGCCGCCCUCGGCGCCCUGAGCGCGCCCAUGACGUUCGGUCUGCUCCCGGACAAGUUCGAGGACCACAAGUUGAACGUGGCGGACGGGGCGUGGGUGGUCAUCUUCAUCGUGUUCAACGUGUACGCCCUCAUGCCCCUCCGCUCUCUGACCAAAUGCCUGUUCGGGACUCUUCUGCCCCUGAUACACCUCGUCGUGUCCUCGCAGACCUGUGAGCACUUUGAGGAUAUACAUUGGCGCCAGUUGCUGGCCAACACCAUCUUGUACCUGGCAGCCAAUGUCGCCGGUAUGUUCAUUCACAACUCAACAGACAGGACACAGAGGAGAACAUUUAAGGACACCAGAGAUUGUAUAGCGGCCAGAUUGGAUAUACAAGACCAAAAUGAAAAACUAGAGAGGAUUCUAAUGAGCGUGCUCCCCCAGCACGUUGCCAUGGAGAUGAAGAAUGACAUCACGACCCCUCACCACGGGAUGUUUCACAAAAUCUACAUCCAGCUCCACGACAACGUCACAAUUUUGUUUGCCGACAUCGUUGGUUUCACUUGCUUGUCGUCUCAAUGUACAGCACAAGAGCUGGUUCGAAUUCUGAAUGAGCUAUUUGGACGUUUCGACCAACUGGCUAAACAAAACAAUUGUAUGCGAAUCAAAAUCCUCGGAGACUGUUAUUACUGUGUGAGUGGAUUACCAGAGCCAAGAGCCAACCACGCAGCAUGCUGUGUGGAGAUGGGCCUUGACAUGAUCGACGCCAUUGCGAGCGUUUGUGACCAGACGGGUGUGAAAUUGAACAUGAGAGUGGGGCUGCACACGGGACGCGUGCUGUGUGGGGUGCUGGGGCUCAAGAAGUGGCAGUAUGAUGUGUUUAGCAAUGACGUCAAACUGGCCAAUCACAUGGAGUCUGGAGGAAUACCUGGGCGUGUCCACAUCACCAAGGCAACACUGGACCAGCUUCAUGGUCAGUACGAGGUAGAGUCAGGGAAUGGCGGCGAGAGAGACGCCUACAUCAAACAGCUAGGGGUAGAGACUUUCUUCAUCAAGACUAAACACCCACGCAAGCGCAUCAUCUGGAGUGAACAACAUGCGGUCUUGUUACAAAGGGAGUGGACAGGGAUGAGGCCACACAAGCUCUCCUUCAAGGGGGUCACCAACUGCGUCAUCAGACUCAUGCAGUCGGUCAAGUUCAAUGCAGAGAUACCUUUCUCGGACGUGUUGACCACCAGCCAAUCACGGGACUCCAUGGCGCACCCUGCGAAAAUCUCCAAAACUAUGGGCGCCGCACACGAUGAGUCAGAGAAACAAGAUGGCGUGUCUAUCUCUGUACAGGAUUAUAGUGUAAAUCCCGAGAAACCAAACAAAGCUUUAAGGAACAGACAGGAGAUGGCUGAGUCACCUACAGACAGGGUUAACAAAUACCUGGCCCAGGCGUUGACUGCCAGGAGUAUAGAGCGGGAAAAGUCUAACAAUAUUCACUUCCUCACUUUGAGUUUCACCAACCGUGACAAAGAAAUGGGGUAUCAAGCUACAGAAGACAUUGCUUUUGGCUGUAGUUUGGUCUGUACUUUGGUUAUGAUGGUGCUGAUGGUUGCCUUACAGGUGGUCAUUUUACCCAGGACUUACCUUCUUCUGAUGUUGUUUAUCAUUGCUUUUGCCUGGCCUUCCACUGUACUUAUAUUUAUACUGGGCACAAAGCUCAAGUGCACUAAUAUUAAUCUAAGCAAAUGGUCCCGGCUUAGAGUGUUUCUCACAUUGACUACUGUAUUUAUCCCGUAUCUAAUGGUACAAGUCAACGUACUGUGUUGCAGUGGUGGCCAAGGGUUGGGUUUCCUUGACAGUCUGACGAGGAUGAACCAAGACAGGCAUUUGACCUGCAGUGACCCCAGCUACAUUGUCCUGUCUGGCAUCAUGUGCUUCUUCCUGCUGAGCCUGUUCAUCAAGGUCAACUCUCUGGUCAAGAUCUUCUGUAUGGUCGUUUUCUGUGCUGGACACAUCUUGGUGAUGGAAUACACGCACAAAAAUCUUUUUGUUCAGUUUGACGACAUUACACAUGCCUUGAUGCCAACUGAUGUGAAUGGGAUUUUAGCUUUCAUUAUGUUUUUAUUGGGAUUCUCACUCCAGAACAGAGAACAAGAAUGGACACUUCGGCUGGACUAUUUGUGGAAAUCACAGGCCACUGAGGAGAAAUCUGGUAUGCAGGAACUUCAAAGACAAAACUCUAGAAUAUUGUGUAACUUGCUGCCUGAGCAUGUAGCCAACCAUUUUUUACAUCUUCAGUCAAGCAGCCACAUGGAGCUGUAUAGCCAACAGUACAAUAAAGUGGCAGUGUUCUUUGCUUCCAUACCUAAUUUCUCCAACUUCUAUGUAGAGUUGGCAGCAAACAAUCAAGGGGUGGAGUGCCUUCGAGUCUUGAAUGAAAUUAUUGCAGAUUUUGAUGAGCUUCUAGAUAUUCCAUAUUUUUUUGGUGUUGAAAAAAUCAAGACAAUAGGUAGCUGUUAUAUGGCAGCUACAGGUCUGAAGCCUACUCACUUAGUCAAAGGUCGAGAAGAUUCUAUAGUUUAUUACCUGACUAUGUUGGUGGACUUUGUGAUGGCCAUGAAAGAAAAGUUGAAGAACAUCAAUGAAAAUUCUUACAACAAUUUUGAAUUAAGAGUUGGCAUCAAUGUAGGUCCAGUGGUGGCUGGAGUCAUCGGAGCCAGAAAACCACAAUAUGACAUUUGGGGAAAUACCGUGAAUGUGGCCAGUCGUAUGGAGAGUACUGGGGUCUUAGGGAAAAUUCAGGUGACAGAAGAGGUUUACGCUGUAUUAAAGAAUGUCUUCAGUUUCGAGUGCAGAGGGAAGGUUCCAGUCAAGGGCAAAGGCGAUAUGAUCACCUACUUUUUAAAGGACCGCAUGCUUCCUCGAGACCCCAACUGUAUGUAUCCACCAGUCACACCCCCUGACAGUCCACAUCCAAGCGGAACACCUUCUUACAGAUCCGUUGAUAACAUGCCAACUACAGUUGUCAAUUCCAAUACUCCUGAAGCAUCAUCCCCUAGAAUUCUUGGGAAGUCAUCCAGUUCAGAGCAACAGAUAUUCUCUUCAAGCUCCGAACGUUUGCAGCAUCAAAUGUCUACCAUAGAACGACAGAGGGGUGGCUCCACUCCUACAGGAAGCCUUAAUAAAAAGAGGCAGAGCUCCCUUGACAGCCCCCAUAUGCACCGCAGCCCUAGAAAACUCAGCAGCUCAUCCGCUGGAAAUUCGGCCACUGUUGAGAAUGCAGGGCCUGAGCUGCCAGCUGUUCACUUUUUCAAUUCUAAUAUGCAGAGCCAGCAGCCACGACCUGUUUCAGUGCAAGUUCAGAACUCUCUAUUUGAUAGUCUGAAAACAAAAGGAAACUUAUCCACUAGCCCAAACAGUCCAACAAGCCCUAAGUCCACUGUCAGCGAUGGGGCUAGAGCUGUGAAAACAAUGGCAAGCCCAACAACCUCAAGGGGCCACAUGGCCAAUCUUCACUCCUUACGUAAAGUUAACAGUGAGCCCAAUUGCAAGCCGCCUCCUAUCCCCUCAUUCAAUGGCAGCCCACACUACGCCAAGGCCAACGCUCCUAUAUACAAAUGUGUCUCGCCCCCAAUGAAAAACCAUCUCAGAAAAGUUGCAGAAGAUACAAUCCUGGAAGACCCUUCUGCAAGCUAUUUAUAUGAAAAGCUCACUCGAUCAUCUCCGAAAUAUCCCUCACCGACUACAGCGAUAGACAUCCCAUUCAGAGAUGCAUGUUUAGACAGAGACAUCUACCCAGAGAGCUACUACGCUGAGCUGUCUGAGUGCCUGUCUCGGUCUCAGAAAUCCCCUUCUGUCGAUGCAUCAUCUCCAAACGAUGACAAGUUUGUGACAGGUGUUUAUCGUGAACCAAUAGACAAAUGUCCUUCUUCAACGUCUUCUCAGAGAAGUAAAGGCUCCUUCGACUACAGCCACCACUCGGCAACACCUUCUCAGAGGAGCACUUCAUCCGAGCAGACAGUCAUCAUCCAUGAUGAUGAACCUGAAAACGGGCACUACAGCAGUAAACUUUCAACAAACGUGAUGGAAAAUAAUCUUCAAGCUUGUAAGAAAAACAAUAUCCUCCCCCCUUCUCCCAAAGGGACACAGCCAGGGGGGAAAUUGUCUGGUGGAGUAGUGGCCAGUAUUGACGGUAAGACAAUGUCGUUGUUCUACGACCCCAGUAACCAAGACAAAAACGACAAGUUAAUGUCACAACUUCAGUCCAAAUACUGGUCUAGUCAAACUAACGGCGUGAGGUCAGUGUCCAAUGAUAAAGCAGGCCACCUCAAAAUGAACUAUCGCAAGUCUUAUCCAGCAGCCCCUCAUUACAAAGCUUUAGAGAGACUGUCGCCUUACAGACAGAAGAAGGAAGCCUUCAACCUUAACUAUGUCUCAGAUGAUGAACGAGAGUCUAUAGCCUCGCAUCCAAUCAGUGAUCACUCGUCCAUUGUGUUCCUAAACCCUAUCGAGCUAAAACCAUCGAGGAGCGCCUUAAUACGCCAGCUGCCCCAUCAGGAUGACCGGCAGAACGUCCUCAGCUAUGUCUUCACGUCCCCUUACAGCACCUUGGACCGCUUCAGGUCGAGGUCCAGCGACACCAUCAACAGUAUUCCUCACUGCCCACCGACGCCCAAGUUUCCUAUCCCAGAGGCGUCCGCUUCUCUAACACAGCUGUUGCAGGAGUUGACCCAAGAGUAUGACCAGCCAGACAUGGAAAAUAUCUUCUACGAUGAGCCAGAUAGUUUUUUGGGCGCGUCCGAAGGCAGAUACAAUAAACACACAAACGGUCUAGUUGCUCAAGUCAGCAAGUACCCGAAAACUCCCGAAUUCAGAAAGAACAAAUUUAGUCCUGCUCAGGAUAAGAGCAAAUUUUUACCACAUGCCUUGAAACAGGAAAACUACAGACCAAACAGGAUGUCCAUCAACCCUUUUCAGAUUAAGAGAAGUCAGCCUCAUAGUAUCCCACCCCGCCAUUGCCGCAGCUUGGACUACAUCCCCAGUGACCGGGAGGAUGUCUCCUCGCCUCCAUCCUCCAACUGCGCCAGCCCCAAGACUCGCCACGCAUACCUGAUGCCGCUCAUAUUCGGAGUGCAGACUCUCGGCUCCAGGGCGGAGCACACCAGCCUGAGUUCUCUGGCCAGCAGUAGCGAGAUGUCCCACUCGGCCAACCACAUCAACGCCGACUCUGGCUCUACGGCUUACGAGUCUGAGUACGACAACUACAGGCCUGGUGUGGUCAGUGAUGAUGACAUCUUCACCGCUGACCCGAUGAGUGACAUGGACGUGCUUGAUGAUGUCAACAUCGACGAUGUCACUGUCAGUGACAACUUCAGUAUGGAGAUGCCAGUGCCGCGGUUCAGAAAGAAGAUUACGGAAGUCUGACACUCUCUGUUCAUUGAAAACUCUAGUAACUUUUCCCUGAAGGCUCCCUCUUCUAUGCCGAAAUUAACUUUGGCUUCAUUUCAGUUGGACCGAUGGCCUUAGUUGAAACCGACCUAUAUAAACAAACUUUCUGUUGGACUGGUUUAGCACUAGUGGCGGUUAAACUUAUAGAAGAAAUUAUAUCGUUUUUUUUUUUAAAGACAUUUGGUUCUAACGUAAAAACUCAUUGAUUCUCGUCAUAAGAACAUAGUGACUCCUGGACAAAGUCAUUGAACUAACGUUUAAAAACUCUGGAUGGGUUGAAAUUUUUAAAAAUCUGGAGGAUAACUCAAACUACAUUACGCUUAUUUAUGUAUUCUUUCAGGUUGUCCAGUGCCGCCAUUAUAAAUAUUUCAUUAUUAUCAUUCAUUGCAGGAUCUAUGUCUUUUGGGUUUGAGAGUCGGUGCUGUUAAUUAAUGAGGUCAUCAUUUCGGUAGACGGUGAAUUUACUAGCAUCAUGCAUUGCCUGGCAUGGCUGGUUAAAACUAGUUGGUCUGCGCAGGAAGUGAAUGGCAUUGUUGUCUGACAUGUAGUUUAAGCCAAACUAAUUGACUGGAAAUUCUUUAGUUGUUAUAAAUAUUCUGAUUUUAGACUAAAAAUAAACUAUGAGCGUGUUACAAGUAGGCCUAAUUAGUAGUCAUUUACGCUAGACGAACUAAGGACUGCCCUGGACUCGACUAAGAACAAUAAAUCACCCGGUCCAGAUGGCUUAACAUUUGAACUCUAUAAAACCUUCUUCCCCCUGCUUGGUCCUCUCUUACUGCGACUAUAUAGCGACGCCAUUAAACGGGGACAUUUUCCUCCAAAUUUUAACGAAGCAUACAUCACACUUUUACCUAAGAAAUCUGAAAAUAACACUUCACCUAGCGACUAUAGGCCCAUUUCACUUCUCAACACGGACUAUAAACUUCUCACAAAAAUGAUUUUCCUAAGAAUGAAACCACUCAUAAACCAACUUAUCGGACAUGACCAGUACUGUUGUAUCCCGGACAGAAACAUUGACGGCAUGACGCAUUUUUUACGGGAUUUUAUCAUGUACAGUAAGGAUAAAAACCUCAAUGUGUCUCUUUUAUCUGUAGAUCAAGAAAAAGCCUUUGACAGAGUAAGCCAUAGCUUCCUGUUCAAGGUGCUUGAGAAAUGUAAAAUAAGUUCCCUGUUAAUCAGAUAUAUAAAGCUUGUCUAUACCAAUGCAACAAGUAGAUUGAUAAUUAAUCAUUCUCUCAGUAGGAGUAUCCUCAUACAAAGGUCUGUCAGACAGGGCUGUCCCUUAUCCCCCUUCUUGUAUAUCCUUUGCUUGGAACCCUUCUUGGAAUCUGUAAGAUCUGACCCAUCCAUUAUUGGGAUAAAUAUACCGGGUCGUUCCUUCUCAACCAUCAAAGUCAAAGCCUAUGCGGAUGAUACAACCUUUUUUCCAUCUUCAGAGCAAGAUAUUGAGAAUAUACUAAAGAAGUUUACACUUUUCGGAGAAGCUAGUGGUUCAAAAAUAAAUAUAAAUAAAUCCUCUGUAAUGGGACUAGGGAAAUGGAAAUUCAAAGAGAAUUGCGCUUUCAGAAUUGUUGAUAAAAUCAAGAUUUGUGGUAUUGUCUAUACCUGUAAUCCUUUGUUCUAUUGUAAAGACCAGUGGGAGAAUAUUUUUGUCAAAGCCUCAAACUUAAUUAAACGUUAUCAGCACACAGGUUCUACAAUAUUUGGUAGAGCUGUAUUGAUAAAUAGUUUGGUCAUUCCAAAGAUUGUCUAUUUACCUAACAUUACAGAGCCACCUCCUAAAUUCAUAAACAAGCUGAACAAGUUAAUUAGAUGCUUUAUAUUUAAAAACACUAUUAGGAGCAUUAAGCACACUACACUCAUUCAAAACAAAGAGGAUGGGGGGAUAAACUUGCAAGAUGUUAAAACAAAAAUACAGUCGCUAAGGCUAAAAUUUGUAGGUCAAGUAGUUAGAAACCCAACAAACUUUCCCUUGACAAUUUACUAUUAUGGUUUAAGAUUAAGUAGUCUUCUUCCAAUACACAAUGAUACUCCUCACUAUUUUGGUACAGUCACUCAUCCAUUUUACAGAUCUAUUUCAAGAGUUUUACCUGGUAAUGAACAUUUAAUACACAACAAAACCAAAGAAUCAUACAUAACACUUAAAAAGCUGUUACAGGAAAGCCUAGUGAAUAGGAUUAAGUGGGGGAGAGUUCUUGGGGUGACAGAAUUCAAGGACACAUUCAUAAACCUACACAGUAAACAUAUCCCACCAAAAGCUAGAGAGAUUAGUUAUAGACUUAUCUUUGGGAUGACCCCUAUGGUUAGAAGACGGGCAAAUGACCGUGAAUGUAUAUUAUGCCACCUUGAAAAUGCUGAUAACGAACAACACAUGUAUUUGGAAUGUCCAUUAUUCCUUCAAGUUAGAAGUACUGUAAUGGACCUAUUGGAAGCAAACUGUGGCAAUUAUGUAAAUGUUAACUUGUCUAUUAUUUUAAACAAGCUGCCAAAACUAAAAAAUAAAAUGAUACAUAACUUUAACUUGAUUAUUGUUUCCGAAUACAGGAAUCUUGUUUGGGCUAGCUGGCUCAAAUGUCUACAUAAUAAUAAGGUGUUUGAUCCUAAUCACUUGGAAUUAACGUUUAGGAAAAUAAUGGACUUUAGGGUAGAGAAUUAUCUAGUUUGAUUUUCAUAUACCUGUAUAAUGCUCAUGUAGUUUUUCAGAAGUAGGGUGUUGGGGGUCAGGGAUGUCUGAUAUUGUGUUGAUUGUUCUGGAGUAGAGUAUACUUGUAUCAUUUUUCUGUCUUUAGGGGGCCCAUUGGUUAGGUAGUAUGUCUUUGAUAUUAAAUAAUAUUUCUAUUACUGUUAUUAUAUUUUUAGGUUAAUCACUUUUCAAUUGUUUAUGAUUUAAUACUUGUGAAUUAUGGUAACUUACUUUAAAAAAAAAAAAAAAAAAAAAAAAAAAAAAAAAAAGCCCACAAAAGAGGCAAGAUGGCCCAAAAAAGAGGCAAAGAAAAGAGGCAUAAAGCCCAAGGAUUCCUAUGAUGAUAAAGCUAAAACUGAAUAGCGCAAAUUCUGAGGUUUCCUUAAAAAAAAAAAAAAAAAAAAAAAAAAAAAAGACUAAGUUGGUAUUACUUAAGAAAUUCAUCAUCACCUGCUAAUGAAAUAAGAUUACUAUUAUACAAUUUUUAUUAGACUUUUCAAAGUUAAACAAAAGGUGCAAAUAUUUCUGCAUAUUCUUUAAAUUACAAAAAAAAAGGGAUCGAUAUUGAUGACAAAUUCUUUAUAGCUAGCUAGUUUUCUGAUUGUUGUUAACACGUGAAAUAAUUAAUUAAUGAAUUACAGAAGAAGUUGUAAUCUUCCAAAACAUUUAGGUCUUUCAUUGUAAUUACCAAGUCAUGCAUGUUAAAUAGACAUUUAAACUCUUCUAAAUUGUUAUUUCUUGUUAUUGAUUCACAAAAACUUGGACUGGAAGAUAUUCGAAUCUAGACUGAAGAAAUAAAAGUUAUAAUUAGGUCUCUGAGAUGAUUGGACCAUUGAAAAGCAGACGUUUCUUGGAUGCACCAAUGAAAUGCAUCCCAAACUUUUUUAAAAAAAUCUGCGCAUUUGUAGCUAUAGAAAUUGUGGAUGUUUAUAGGAUGUCAAGCUCAUCUCAUAAGAGAUAUGCUCUUCGCGGACGGUAGUGGCACACUCACAAGAGGAGCUUCAGUCACUAAUGUCCCGCUUCUCUAAUGCUUGCAAAGAGUAUGGCCUAACCAUUAGCACCACCCUCCAUCCUCAUUGACGACAACAAGCUAGAUGCCGUAAACGAAUUCUGCUACCUUGGGUCUACAAUUCAAGAUGACCUGUCACUAGAAGAGGAGAUACAAAAAACGCAUAGGGAACGCCGCAUCAACCUUCGCUUCGAAGGAUCUUUAAAAUAUCAUGGAAAGAAAGUGUGUAAUACUGAGAUCCUCGCGGGAACAGGCCUUCCCAGCAUCUUUACGGUCCUCAGGCAACGCCGCCUGCGCUGUCUCGGACAUGUUCGCCGGACGGAGGGCAAUCGCAUCCCGAAAAUCAUUCUGUACGGGCAACUUGCGUCUGACUCAUGAAAAACUGGUCGCCCCCACCUCCGUUACGUUGAUGUGAUAAAACGGGAUUUAAAAUCAGUAAACAUUGAUACUGACCAUUGGGAAGACAGAGCCUUAGACCGCACUAGUUGGAGAGAGACGGUGACCAAGAAAGCUAUGGACAGCGAGAAAACAUGGGCCUCGUUUCUUGAAGAAAAGCGUGCCACGUGGACAAUGGCCAGCUCCUCUACCACCAAAGCGAAAGCCACCUUGACAUCCAAUAUAUGUGGACGGGAGUGCCUGUCCAAAAUAGGGCUCCACAGCCAUAUGAAAAAGUGUUCGAGAUGAACCAUAGUCUUUUCAUGACUGAAGGAGGCCGGAUGUCAAGCUCAAUAGUACCUGCGGUCCAGACGCUUUUAAAUUAGAGUUACGUCUGCUGGCGUCCUAAACAUCCCAAAGCUCACGGGUCACUCGUGACUCCUUCCGGUCUGCAAGUUAAACACCACGCUCCAUAUGGCUAUAUUUGUAGGACACAUUGUUGAACAGUUUCAACAAAAAUAAAACAAAACAGCAAAACCAAGAACAAAACAGAUACCGCGAGUUAUAAAGAUUAUAAACCAUAAGCUCUUUUCAUUACUGUAGUAAUGAAACAUAAUAAGCUUGAAACAAACAAAAUAUAAGAGGAUACUCAUUAAAGAAGAAAUGUUUCUAUAAGUGUAUCAAUUAGUUUGGAUAAGUCAUGUAAUUAAUUUUGUAAUAGAGCUAUAGACUAACAAUAAUAAAUCUGUGCGCUAGAAAUAUAUAUUUUUUUUUACCAAUGGACCUCAUUCACCAAUCGUAAACAAACAACAUUUAGCCACGUGAUAAUGUUGAUAAAACAGCGAAAGAUUCAUAACAAACGAAUAUUUACAUUUGACUAGAGUAACACCUUUAGUUAAAUCACUAAAUUUAGAAAGCCUUCUGGACAGAAGGCUCAAAAGUAAAGUAGUAAUUAUACAUAAAACACUGAACCAUAAUCUUCAAAUACGAAAACAAAAUUUAAUAAAAUACUCUAAAAGUCACAAAAAUAAACGCACAUUCCUCAUCCCAUAUGCUAGGACAAAUUUGUACAAAUACUCCUUCAUCCCUAGUGCUAUUAGAGCAUGGAAUGGGUUGCCUGAGCUAGCCAGGAAAGCCAGUGACUAGGCAGAAUUUAGGUCAUUGGUUAAUAUGCAUGACUAAAUGCAUGACGCGUAGGACGUAAUCAUCUUCUUUUUUGAAGUAACGUCUGUAUAAUAUAAGAUAAGAUUUAAAAAAAAACUGUCACGUGACAGCCUGUGUGCAUUACGUAAUUCGUAUAGAAGAGAUAGAGAAUCACGUGGCUAAAUGUUGUUUGUUUGCGAUUCGUGAAUGAUGUCCAUUGUUUUUGUUUAGCGGAGUUUCAUGCUUUCAGCUUUAUCAAUAUGGUCUGAUCCUAUCACUUAUCUCAGGGGUUCUCAACCUGUGGGUCGCGACCCCCUUGGGGGUCGAUUAACGAUUUUCCAGGGGACGCCUAAGACUAUCGAAAAUAUGGAUUGUUAUUGUCUACUCUUCUAUUUCUGUAUGUGUGUGUGUGUGUGGGGGGGUCGCGGCAGAGUGGUGGAUUGUAGGGGUCGCCGAGCUUAAAAGGUUGAGAACCGCUGUCUUAUCUUAACCAGUUGGAAAGGUGCAGGGGGAGAAAUAACGGGGUGUCUGGGUGAUUGCUUUUUAAAUGUAUUUAAGAAAAAACAAAGGCAACGAUUUAAAUUCGAUCUUGUGGGCUAAAGCCUUCUCAGGCUUCUCUAGCCAACAUGUUAACCACUCUGCUGGCGAAGAGUCCGUGGAAGAUUGUAUAGUUAUCUAUUGUUUCCAUUUCAUGUUUUUAUUCACUAAGCCUCGGACAGACAAUAUGUAAGUCGACUAAUUCAGCUUUUACCACCACUUCAGCCAAGUACAAUUCUUUCCCUUGUUUGUGAUACCAAACAAAAUAAUUUAUUACCAAUAGUUAGGGUUAGACAGACCUAUUUGGUUUAUUUUUAUUUUUAAUAUUGAUUCUUGUAUUGUCAGGUAAAAAAAAAUAAUUGUGCAAAAUUUCCGAUUGAUCCGAGAUUGGGUGUUGUAGAAAAAACUUUUACAAACCUUUGGCCAGACAGACAAAUAGAGUGACUUGAUAUAAGCUUUGUAAAAAAAAAAUUCAAUUAUGAUGAUUACGCUCUCUGAUUUCUACAUCACUUUGUUUUGGCUAAAAUGUAUCAAUAUCUGAUUGAAAUUAGAUUCCAUUGAUUGUUCCUUCAUUUCAUCUUAUUGUCUUACUUAUUGUUUGUAUGAAAUAAUUAUAUCUUUUAAUGGUUUUUAUCUGCCUUAAUUACAUUACCUGUGUUUUUGACUGACAUUUCAUCAUACCAUCUGUUUGAUUGUCUGUCUCACUUUUAGUAUUGCUAGUAAGGAACUUAUCAGACCUCAUAGAAGUCAAAGUAUUAACUCUAUAGAACGCACAUUGCUGUGUGAUCGUAAUUCCGUAAGUAAUAGAAAUAAAUAUAUCAAUAUAAAUCUUGAUGUUAUUUUUAGUAUAAAAAAGUGUUGUUUUUUUAAAUCAUGUUACAUAUCAUCGUUAAAAAAAACAAAUUAUUCAAUUGUAACUGAAAGUCAUAUUUGGAAACUAGAUCCUGUUAUGUCAUGAGAUUUUAAGAAUGAAUUUUUGAAUUUGCAAGUGAAAGCAGAGAAUAUUAUCUACCUUUGAGUUUGUUCUCAUUAUCUACCCUUGAAUUUUCUCUGAAAAAAAUAUGCAUUUUGUAAAUUGUACACAGUCGAUAGCAGUUCCAGUUUUUAUGUUACAUAUGCGGGGAAAGUUCAAGGCUGGUUACAAACUAAGCCCCUGUUUUAUAUCCCAGUUCUAUGUAGUAAAAGUUCCUCUUCCAGACCUUGCGAUGUAUUGGGCAACGGUUAACAAGCAUGGUGUCAUAUGGCCAGCGCAACGACCAACUGCCUUACCCAACUUAAGUCAGGUACCCAUUAGAGUUGAGUGGGCUUAGGGGCGCCUUAAGAAUCCCGAAUUUCCCUAUCCCAGUUCUCAAGUAGAUUUGAACCGGGGAAGCUAAGCACUUCACCUCUCAGCCACUGUGCCCCCUAUUUAUAUAUAAUUUACAAUGAAUUCCCUUCGAUUAAAGAGUUAAAGUGAUUGUCAUGUAUGGAUACGUGAACUCACUUUGCUAAUCUUUUUCUAAUAUUUCUCCUGAAACUUACAAAUAGUAAGGACCUCGAUGCUCGUAUUAUAUAUGACAAGGACCCAGCAAUUUUUUUUUUAUGGCGCUCUAUGCGCACGACACCACAGUGACGGAGGCGUAUGCACGGAUUGUUUCCGUUGAUAAAUCACGCUAUUUUUAAUUUCACCAUUUCAUAACAAAAUUUCAUGAUCAAAGUCUGGUUUUGACAAAGUGCAUAUUUUAAUUUUAUAUAUAUAUAGUUGAUCAUUUAUAAUUGGAUGGUUAUGACAUAUUUUAGAAACUACUUCGAUGAUUCAGAAAAGAUCAAAGCUAGACAGAUUUUAUUAGCUGGCUCAGGUGAAAACCUAAUUGGUUUGUUUAUCUUGACCGCUUGACUAACAGGUCUGUAAAUAUUUUGUAAGAAAGAAUGUGUGUGUGUAUAUCUGUGAAAGUUUUUUAAAAAAAAUGUGAUGGUGGUAUUGUUAUCAUUAAUUGUUUUAGCUGUUCAAUCCCACAGUGCAAUAUGCCACGCAACAAUUUCUCGUGUACAUUUGACAGACUAUGCAGACAUAUGCAAUCUUGAGACACAAAGCGUCAAUCGAAAUCAUGAUUAUAUUAUCUUUUUUUGCUAUCUACGUGUUUGUUUAUAAUUGGUUUCGUCUUAUUUAUAUAACGUCUGAUUCAUUGGUAGUCUGGAGUCCAAUGCCCUAAAUACUUAGCAAUAAACUAUGAACUCU